AUGACUAACUCUCUGCCUACUGUUACCAUUGAUAUACAGAGGAGUCCUAGUAAUGGAGAAGGACCUGAUACGUACGGUAAUUCCCCUAACCAAGUUAGUCUUAGGAGGGAAGAAAGUCCUCCUGGCUCAGGCUUUUGGAAGUUCAAACAUCAGUCACAUGGUGGACAAGCUUUCCAUGUUAAGGAAGUUGUGUCUGGAGCUACUCCAGUUUCAGACUUAAAUCAGAGUGAAAAUAUUGAGCAUCUAGCAGUAUGGUAUUAUUCCGGUGACAGUUAUAUGGAUAAACCUCUCCUCAUAGAAAUUGGGAAGAAGGAUGGAAAAUAUGAAUAUCAUGAAACUAAGGGUACCGGCUGGACUUCAUUUGGUGGAAGUUCUCAAUCUCAACUCAAAGGUGAGGACCUUGAACGGAAACUGGAAUAUCUUAACUGCCAAUAUCACAAAUUGGUGACCGUUAAUCUAUCACAUGAUAAUUCUCAGACUCAUUUUAAUGACAGAACAAAGUAUUGUUGUGAUAAAGACCAUAAAGAUGGAUAUAAGGUCACUGUUACCAGCGGGAAAGUUGGUAAAGGUACUUCUGACUCCCAAGAGAUUCCAUAUUUCAAACAUGAGGUUGAUCCAGGAAUAUCAGUUGCUGGUAUCUACUAUACCGUUGGAGGUGAAAGGAAGAGGAUAAAGAUUCCUAACCUCGAAAAUUCUGGAAACGGUUCAGUAAAGUUCUACACCUUUUAUUCCAACAAUGGUAGCAAGGAACCAAGACUUAUAUAUGUGGACUGUAGUAGUGGAAAAGGUAAUGUUACUGGAUGGUAUGAACCAAAUCCUACUGGUGGUGACAAUCAACCAUGGGAAAAACUCCAAGGUGUGCUUCAGGGUAAACAUCCAAGUGAUAUCAAAGCUGGUAAGGACGAAAACUAUAGCCAAUAUAUAGAGGCACUAAAUUGUAAAAUCUAUGGACAAUGUACUGAACCUACUGAAUCCUCAUCUCCAGUACCAGGUCCUGCUGGACUUCCUGGUACUACAACCUCUUCCAUUACUUCUGUCUCAUCUGCUGUUGUUCAACCUGGAGCUCCUGCUGAUCAAACUUCUGAAGAACCUGCUCUUGAAGAAACUCCUAAACCUGAAAAACUUUUUGGUUUUAUUCCCGCUAGUAUGGCUGGAUAUGUUUUCCCUUCCGUUUUUGGUGGAAGUGGCGCAGUUGGUCUGGCAGGUUAUAAGCUCCUUAAGAAUUCUAGAGACCCUUGGGUUAGACAGAUUUAA